UGGGUUGUGAUAUAGGUAUAUCGAUAGCCCAACCUUGAUACAUCAACUGCCAUCCCAUCUCACUCGGUUGUUUUUUUUUGCGUUUUUGCAUAACAAAAUCUUGGAAAUUCGCCCAAAAGACAGGCGUUUGCGAACCCGGAGACCAGAAGACCAGGAGCGGCAUAUCCCACUUCCAGAGCAGUCGGAAUGGGACAGUACACGGCGUCGCAGCGCAAAAAUGUGAGGAUCCUGCUCGUGGGCGACGCCGGGGUGGGCAAGACGUCGCUGAUUUUGUCGCUGGUCAGCGAGGAGUACCCAGAGGAGGUGCCUCCGCGGGCAGAAGAGAUUACCAUUCCGGCCAAUGUGACUCCCGAGCAAGUGCCCACCAGCAUCGUUGACUUCUCGGCAGUGGAGCAGUCGGAGGAUGCCUUAGCCGUUGAGAUCAACAAGGCACAUGUGGUGUGCAUAGUGUAUGCCGUCGAUGACGAUGAUUCCCUUGAUCGUAUCACCUCACACUGGCUGCCGCUUGUACGCGCAAAGUGUAAUCCCUCCCUGGACGGUGAGGGUGAUGCCGAAGCUGAGGCGGAGGGUGAUGUACAGCGAGAGCCUAUUCGCAAGCCAAUCGUACUCGUGGGCAAUAAGAUUGAUCUGAUUGAGUACUCCACCAUGGACAGCGUGCUUGCCAUCAUGGAGGACUACCCCGAAAUUGAAAGCUGUGUGGAGUGCUCUGCCAAGACGCUGCACAAUAUCUCCGAGAUGUUUUAUUACGCACAAAAGGCUGUGCUGCACCCCACUUCACCACUUUACAUGAUGGAAGAGCAGGAGCUGACAUCCGCUUGUAAGAAAUCACUGGUGCGCAUUUUCAAGAUCUGCGACAUCGAUGGGGACAAUCUACUAAAUGACUACGAGUUAAAUCUGUUCCAGCGGCGCUGCUUUAACACCCCCCUGCAACCACAGAUUUUGGAUGAGGUGAAGGCCGUCAUACAAAAAAAUGUACCUGAUGGCAUUUACAACGACGCGGUCACUCUAAAGGGCUUCCUCUUCCUACACUGCCUUUUCAUCCAGCGGGGGAGGAACGAGACAACUUGGGCAGUGUUACGGCGAUUUGGCUACAACGACCAGUUGGAGAUGUGCCAGGAGUAUCUAAGGCCCCCUCUGAAAAUACCACCUGGUAGCAGCACGGAACUCUCGCAUCGGGGCCAGCAGUUUCUAAUCGCUGUGUUCGAGCGAUAUGAUCGCGAUGGCGACGGAGCUUUGUCACCUGAGGAACACAAGAUGCUUUUUAGCACGUGUCCAGCUGCACCGUGGUCCUACUCGACCGAUAUUCGGAAGUCCUGCCCGAUCAACGACACAACUGGAUGGGUGACCCUGCACGGAUGGCUAUGCCGUUGGACACUGAUGACACUGAUUGAUGUAGUAAAAACCAUGGAGUAUCUGGCCUAUUUGGGCUUUAAUGUUCAUGAAAACGACAGUCAGUUAGCCGCAAUACACGUUACACGGGAGCGUCGCAUAGAUCUGGCCAAGCGCCAAAGCAGCAGGUCCGUGUACAAGUGUCAUGUGAUUGGGCCUAAGGGAUCCGGAAAGACCGGAAUGUGUCGUGGAUUCCUUGUAGAAGAUAUGCACAAACUAAUCGGGAAGGAGUUCAAAACAAAUGUGGUUCACUGCAUCAACUCUGUGCAAGUCUAUGGCCAGGAAAAACAUCUUAUAUUGCGUGACAUCGAUGUGAGACAUGCUCUUGAUCCCCUCCAGCCGCAGGAAGUCAACUGCGAUGUAGCCUGCCUGGUCUAUGACUCCUCUAAUCCCCGCUCUUUCGAGUAUGUGGCCCGUAUCUACAUUAAGUAUUAUGCGGAGAGCAAGAUCCCAGUUAUGAUAGUGGGAACCAAGUGCGACAUGGACGAGCGCCGGCAAGACUACCUUAUGCAGCCGGCAGAGUUCUGCGACAAAUACAAACUGCUGCCCCCGCACCUCUUCAGUCUGAAAACCAACAAGAAAGAACUUUAUACAAAGCUGGCCACCAUGGCAGCAUUUCCGCGUUUUCAGGCUGCCUGGAUACUGUUCUACAAGCACAGGUUGGUACAGCUGUGGGAGUCGGCCCAUUUGCGGCAAUUCGGCCUAAUGACAGAGGAUCCAAAGUUGUGGUGGAAGGCGGGACUGGGUGUUGCCGCCGCCACUAUGUUGGGAUUUAUAGUGCUGAAAACAAUCAGUGCUGCCGGAGCGCACUCCCGCUAAAAGAAUCCACUGGAUCAGUGGAAGCAACUUAUACAACAUGUUUACCACAGACACGUUAAUGUUUAACAAAUUCAUGUAACUUAUUGAUUAUUUCUUUGCUUGCUACUGUAAAUCCAAAUUUAUUGUUACGAAAACUGGAGCAAACAAUGAAAAAGCCCACAAGCCGAUGUGCUUAUUCCUGACAUGUAAAUACACUCGCCAAGUACACUAGCAGGAAUUGGGCCAGAGGCAGUAGUGAGUGGUGUAUGGACAGUGAAUAGCGGUGGCCAGUCGAGCACAUUGUGUGUUUCAUUUCUAUUCGUAUAUAACACUUAAUUAAACCAUGUACUUUCUGAUAAGUCAACUAAGUUAUUGUUACCAUUAUAAUCGAGUAACCAAAUAGCCGAUAUCGUGCAUAGCUGAUAGUGAUAUGUACACGUACUGGGUUCUAUAUAAAUCAAUAUAUACUACACCUAGAAAAUUGCCGAAUUUGGUGAUAUCGCACUUUUGUAAAUACGCGCAAAGCCCUAGUAUGAGCAAUAAAUCUAUCUAUAUAUGUGGAUUUACAUAUAGCGAA